AUGCACACUAUCCCUAGGCACCGUAAACAAAAUUCAACCACAAAGGCCAUGGCUUUUAGUCUUUUAUCCUCGGUAGCUUUCCUAAUCACAGCAACCAUAGUCGCAGCAAACCCAACUGUGACCAUCUCAUCAGGCAUUGUGAUAGGAACUACAGUUACGCCAGUUAAUCAGCCAAGCGCUACUGCAGUAGUAAAUGCUUUCUUGGGUAUUCCAUUUGCAAAAUCCCCACCACAGAGAUUCUCCCCUCCCGAAGAGCCGGAGCCAUGGUCAACUCCGUUACAGGCACAGCGCCUGGCACCAUCAUGUCCUCAACAAAAUAUUACAGUAAAUGAUUCAGUCGACAGCCUGAGCUUGGAAAGGCAACUGGCACUUACAUCAGCUGGAGAUAUUCAACAGAGCGAGGACUGUUUGUAUUUAAAUGUAUAUGCGCCACAAAAUGUGUCUUCAUCAAGCCUAACAGAAGUCAUGUUCUGGAUUCAUGGGGGAGACCUGAUUAGCGGCUCUGCGUCUCAGACUUUGUAUACUGACUCGCCACUACCAAUUACUGAGAACGUCGUCCUUGUUAUUCCCAAUUACCGUUUAAGCAUGUUUGGCUUCUCAAACUCCCCGGAGAUUCCUUCGGGGCAGCAAAACUCUGGGUUUCUCGACCAACGGCUUGCUCUCAAUUGGACUCAAAAGAAUAUCCAACGGUUUGGUGGUGAUCCAAGCAAGGUCACAAUAUUUAGCGAGUCCGCUGGCGGCUGGUCAGCCAAGCAGCUUCUUGCUAUACCACCUUCGCCGCUCCCAUUUCAAGCAGCAAUUAUCGAAUCCGAGGCACUUGAAUUGCCUGGAAAUGGAACUGGAAACUACCAGAAUGUUUCGCAAUAUUUCAAUUGCACUGAUAUCGAUUGCCUUCGUAACGUUUCGAUGAACAGCAUUCAAGACUAUGUCUCGAAGAAUAAUCUGUUUUUCAAACCCGUUGCCGACAAUGUGACUUCUGUCUCAGAUAUAAGAAGCAGCAUCAACAAUGGCACAUUUGCUAACGUAUCAAUGAUCAUUGGGACCAACAAGAAUGAAUUAAGCAAAUUAGUGUACCUAAUCUCAGGCGAUGGCACUUUCAAUGUGAACCAAACCUUGGACAACAUAUGCGCCGCACUCCACCUACAGAUGCCUACCUGGGCAAUCGCCAACUACACAAGUGGACAUGGUCGCAAGGUCUGGCGAUACCGUUACUCAGCUUCUUUGAAUGAUACAGGAACAUUUCCUGGCGAAGGCGCGGUUCAUGCAUCUGAGGUACCGAUAGUAUUCGGGACCUAUGCAACUGAGAAUGCAACGGACCAGGAAGUUGCCCUCAGCAAGUAUAUGCAGCAGGCAUGGGCCAGCUUUGCGAAGAACCCAGACGGUGGGCCCGGAUGGCCCCAGAUGGGUACGAAUGGAGGUCUUGAACUGGCUGAUAUUGGCAGUGGCAAUAGUUCUGGGGAAAACAACAUCACAUUCUGGGAGGCGGACAGUUACUGUGACACUCUUCUUGGGUAUGCUGAAGUACUGGGAUUUGCAUGGUAA